ACCGAUCAUGCAGAGCUUCUUCACGCGGAAGCUCCCCAGGAAGACGGAGGAGUGGCUGGAGAGGAUGCUCGCGGCGCGCAUCGCCCCGGAGCUCGACGCCUUCGACUACGCGAUCUGCUCGGCCGCCUGGCGGGACGACGCGCUGUCGGCGGAGCGCUGGCUGAGGCAGGUGGACGCCCUCGGGAUGGCCCCCAGGGCGUCCUCGGUCUCCGCCCUGCUGAGCAGCUGCGCGAGGAAGGGCCUCAGCGCCAUGGCGGGGCGGCACCUGCGCGCGAUGCUGGAGGCGGGCUGCGAGGUGGACGCGCCGAUGUACCGCGACGUCAUCCCACCGACGAGACCGGG